AUGGAACCAAUCAACAUUCCAUCAUUUGCUAAUAGAAUCAAUGUUCCAAGUGAACUUUCAGAAGAGGAUUUCAAUUAUCAUCAUCAAGGUUGUCAUGACAAGAUUCCAAACAUCACCGAUUUCGAAAUCAUUUCAACCAUUGGUAGUGGUUCCUUUGGUGAAGUAUUUAUUGUAAAAGAAAAAUCAACUCAAUCUAUAUAUGCACUCAAAAAAAUAUUGUACAAUUUAUCAUCUGAUCCAGAAUUAAUUAAAAAAAGAGCAAAAAGAGAAAGAGAUGCAAUGAUAAUAUGUAGUAAUAAGAAUAGUAAAAGAGCACCAAAAUUAUAUUAUGCCUUUUUGGAUCAAGAUGAUACAUCAUUCAAUUUAGUGAUGGAGUAUAUUUCAGGAGGUGACUUUAACAGUUAUUGUUACAAACGUAUGUGUGACAAUAACCCAUUCCAACUCGAGGAGAUCAAGUUUUACAUGGCUGAACUCGUCGUCUGUAUAGAAAACUUUCACAAUCUUGGUUUCCUUCAUCGUGACGUCAAACCAGAGAAUCUUAUGAUCGACAAGGAUGGUCAUCUUGUAUUAUGCGAUUUUGGUAGUUCCAAACAAAUCGUUAGCUCCUCUCCCCCUAGCAUCGGAAGUGGUAGCAGUAGUGGUCCAAACGGUUUUAGUGGUUUGGCUGCAACCAUCAACAAUAAUACUCCACCCAAUUUUACUUCAUUUUUAAGAAACCCCAAUUGUUCAUAUACAUCUUAUAUUGGUACACCACAGUAUAUGGCAGUCGAAGUUGUACAAGGAAUUGUUUAUUCCAAAUUAUGCGAUUAUUGGUCAUUGGGAGCUAUCCUUUACGAAUUGGUAGCCGGCCAAGCCCUUUUUGUAGAAUCGCCAGACACCACCGAACAAAAGAUUAGAGAAAACAUUGGCAAUUGGAGAGGACUUUUAAACACUGCCAUUUCCAAAAGCCAACAACCAAUUUCAAAAGUAGCAGAAUCUUUAAUUAGAGAUUUAAUUGCACCAGAAAGAAAAAGAAUUGAUUCCGGAGCUAUAAAGAAACACCCAUUUUUUGAGGGCGUUGAUUGGCAAAAGAUAUCAGACCGAAUCGAGACACCACCCUAUACUCCAGCACCAUCAAACCCAACAGAUAAAUCAUCAUUCUCAAUUGGAGGACAAUAA